GGGAUUUUUUCUCAGGCGGGUUCUUAAAACAGGCUUCUCAAAAUUCAAAAAUCAAAUUCCUUUCCAAGCGCGCAGCGCGGCAUGCUAAAGUGCUAUCUUUAAGUAAAGACCCAAAAAAAUUAAAAUCCCUAGUUCACACUUCUCAGACCCUCUUAUCUUCAUCGUCCUUCUCCCUCACUCCUCUGUUCUGUUCGCGAGUCAUGGUGGGUCGAGCCCUGAAUUCCAACCAUCUUGGACAGCCCAUACGAGCCAAUGACCAUGUGACUCGACCUCAAUUUGCUGGACAAAGAUCCCAGAGUUAGCCGCCAUGUUAUGGGCUUCGAGCCGAGCACAUUACGAUUCUGUUUCGAUAUCCUGGAUUAAAGGUUUGUUUUUGUUUUGCAGUUUGUCCCUCCUCGUUCCCAGAAAGAAUCGCAAGGCAUUUGGCAUCAGAGCUUUGACCGACGCCGGAGCUGCUGCGGCGGUUGAUGUUACUCAUCCUUAUUUGGUCAAAAUCCCCGUUGGUGAUUAUGCACGUCAUAUUGGGAGACAAGCCAGUGGUUCUCUUAUCGUCAUAGAUGGAGAAACUAUUUUUUACACAUCUGUUUGUUUGGCUGAUGCUCCAAGUGAACUGUCAGACUUUUUCCCUCUUUCCUUUCAUUAUCAGGACUGUUUUUCGGCAGCAGGUUGGACUAGUGGAGGCUUUUUCAAACGAGAAGGAAGGGCAAAAGAUCACAAGGUCAUAGUCGAGCAUUUGUCAGUUGAGGAAAUAGCUGGCAUAAAGGAGGCAUUUCAAUUGAUGGAUACUAACAACAAAGGCAAGGUAUCCCUGGAUCAGCUUUGAAAUGGAAUACAAGAACUCGGCUAGCAGAUUCCUGACUGAGAUCUACAAAUACUAAUGGAAGCUGUAAGCAUCAAUUUGUGCUUCAUGGUGUAACAGGGUAUUUGUUUGACUGCGAUUUGUGAUAUAAAUUACGCUUUGGUUACUCCCCUUAACCAUAGUUAAACUUCUUACCUGCAUUUAUUUACCUCCAUGUCAGUAGAUUUGAUUGAGUUUAUGUCUAGUUUGUAUUAAAUUUUAGUGCUAAGAACAGAUUCAAAAUGAGGAGUUAAGGGACAUUCAAAGCCGGUGCAGGUCAACAAAAUGAAGAGUUGAGGCAGUGAAGGCUAGAGCCGCUCAACAAAAUGAAGAGUUAGAGGCACUAAAGGCAAGACAAAAUCAUAUUGACACUUUUACUUAAACUGAUGGCGCAAUUUUCCUCCCAAAACUGAAGCUAUGCAUACAUGAUUCACUUUUAUUGUUGCAAUUAUAUUAUCAUAAAACAUAAUUAUAGUGCAUAUAGUGAAUACUAGACCUUUCUUAGAUGCAACUCUUACCUACAAUAGCAUAAAGAUUAUAACUUGCUAUAUGUUUUGUUAUAUUGCAGAUGGUCAAGCUUGAAAAAAGUACAUGUUGCAAACUAUCAUUGAAGGCUUAUUGAACUUCUAGAAAGACUUAUAUGUAUUUCUGUUUAUUUUGAAAUUGCUAUGAAGGAUGGAUAUUGACAAUUGUAUAUUUUGGAUUUGCGAAGUUAGUAUUUCAUGAUGGACUUCAUGUCUUAUUGGAUUGGAUCGGUUUAAUAUAGAUAAUUGGUUUCAGAGUA